GGCGCAUUAACUGAAUCCCUUCUAUGACCACCCAUCAUAGAAAACCCAUAAAAUCCAGCUUCCCCUCACUCUCGAAGCGAUGUUCCUCCCUCUCCAAAACCUCCAAAUUCAUCCUCAUCUCCAUGGCCUCCCUCGGCUUCGUCUCCCUCCUCACCCUCACCCUCUUCCUCUCCCUCUCCUCCGCCGCCCGCCACCACCACCCUAAGCCCUCCGCCACCAAAUCAGCCGCAACCCAGAUCCAACUCGCCUGCAAAGCCACCCGCUUCCCCGACACGUGUCAAUCCUCCCUCUCCCAGCUCCCUGACCUCCCUCCAAACCCCACCCCCGUCGAGACCAUCGCUCUCGCCGUCCGUGUCUCCUCCGAUGGGCUCCACACGGCCCAGAAAAUGGUCACCGACAUUCUCGGAGCUUCGAAAGGAAACCAGAACCGCACCACCGCCGCGAACAACUGCCUCGACGUGCUUAAGAAUUCCGAGUACCGCGUUUCUCGCGCCACCGAGGAGAUGUCACGUGCGCGGAUUAAGAGCGCACGUGCCGCGUUCAGCGCCGCGCUGCUGUACCAGUACGACUGCUGGUCGGCGCUCAAGUACGCCAACGACACCCAGAUGGUGAACCAGACGAUGUCGUUUCUCGACGGGCUGAUCGGACGGUCCAGCAACGCCCUCAGCAUGAUGUUCUCCUACGACAACUUCGGCAACGACACCUCCCUGUGGGCCCCGCCCAGGACGGAGCGCGACGGGUUCUGGGAGCGGACCGGCGGGUCGGGCGACUUUUCCGGCGGCGGAGGAGGAGGAGUGCCGAAGGGUCUGAAGGCGGACGUGACGGUGUGUAAGGAGGAGGGGUGUGAGUGCCGGACGGUGCAGGAGGCGGUGGAUAAGGUGCCGGAGAAUUUGGGAGCAGGGAAGAGGUUUGUGAUUCAGAUAAAGACUGGGGUGUACGAAGAGACGGUGAGGGUGGGCUUAGCGAAGCGGAACCUGGUGUUCCUCGGCGACGGGAUGGGCAAGACGGUAAUUACCGGGUCGUUGAAUGUGGGCCAGCCCGGAGUCACCACUUACAAUUCCGCCACCGUCGGGGUUCUUGGUGAUGGGUUCAUGGCCAGUGGUCUUACAAUUUCGAACACAGCAGGCCCUGACGCCCACCAGGCAGUGGCUUUCCGAUCAGACAGUGAUCUAUCUGUAAUUGAGAACUGUGAAUUCUUAGGAAAUCAGGACACUUUAUACGCACAUGGAAACCGUCAGCUCUAUAAAUCGUGCAAAAUUCAAGGCAAUGUGGAUUUCAUCUUCGGAAACUCAGCUGCCAUUUUCCAGGACUGCAACAUCCUUGUUGCUCCCCGACAACUCAAACCCGAGAAGGGUGAAAACAAUGCCGUCACAGCCCAUGGUAGGACAGACCCUGCACAGUCAACAGGUUUCGUGUUCCAAAAUUGCUUGAUCAACGGAACUGAAGAGUACAUGAAGUUGUAUUACAGCAAGCCCCAAGUGCACAAAAACUACUUGGGGAGGCCGUGGAAGGAGUAUUCAAGGACGGUUUUCUUAAACUGCAGUAUGGAAGCUCUGAUUACCCGGCAGGGUUGGAUGCCUUGGAGUGGUGAUUUUGCUUUAAAGACACUUUUCUACGGGGAGUACGGGAAUACCGGAACAGGUUCAGAUCUCACCCAGAGAGUGACAUGGAGCAGCAAAAUUCCAACCGAGCAUGUUAAUACAUAUUCAGUGCAGAAUUUUAUUCAGGGAGACGAGUGGAUGGAGACCAUUUAGAGGAAUAUGCCUUUCUGUUAAGUAGGGGAAUUUAAAUGCCCCUCUUUGAAAUAAUACAUCAAUUCAACUAGGGCAGUACUGCAUUGUAGGAAGAGAUGCAUUUUAGUGCCCUCUUAGAAAUGUAUCAACUUAAGAAUUAUUGGUAAAUUAUACGGCCUGCAUCCUUAUUUGUGGUCAGAGCCCCAAAGUAGC